ACAAUAAUGUCUGAGUUGUCUCACUGGACUUGCUAAGGCCUCCUCCCCUUGAAUCCAACCUUUCGGUGUUUUGGUUGAAUUCUUGGUUGUUGGUUUUUGUUUUUGUUUUUUUAAUUCACGUGGAAAAUUGGCAAAGUUGUGCCAUUGGCUAGUUCUGAUUUUAGCCACUGAAUCUGACACAGGUGACCGGUUGUAUCACCUCACUAAAACCCCAGCUAGCUAAUUUCUUACAGCACCCAGCCGAGGUUUCUGUUUGGUGUCACUUGGUGGUUUUUACAGACAUUAGAGCUAUGUUGAAUGUCUCUGUAGGUCACUGUAAACACUGGAUUCUCUGGAACAAGUAGCUUGUGUGUUUUCCAUUACAAAACUGUCAUUAAUGUUACUUGUUUCAUGGAAACUACAAAAUAAGUCCAUGGCAUCACAGCUAACUUAAUCCCCUUUCUCUCUCUUUCAUUUUUGGUGCUCCUUUCCUUUAAAUCCCCUCCCCUUUGGUGCCACUGUUGUUCCCUUGUGUACAAUCAAAAAUGAUAUCACCUCUAACUUGAUGCUUUUUGUCCACGUGACUUGGUGCUGGAUGGCUACUGAGUUUAUUAAUUUGGUUUUGUAUGUUUUUUCUGUGUGAUUAUGUGUGCAUAUCAGAUGACUAGACUGGCCCAGCUGUUACACUACACUAGCCUGAGUCAGGCAUUGUUUUCCAAGCCACUAUCCCCGAUCGGGCCAACGCAGCCUUCAAGGGGGAAUGUGACCAGGAGAAUAGCCCGCUGAACCUUCCAAGAUGGACACCUUGUCUCUUUUUAUUUAUUUUUCUUUUCUUUUGGUUUGUUUCCUUUCAUACUUUCCCAUGUUGUCCACUUUCUACUGUCUCUAUCUAGAAACUACAGUAUUGCUUAUCUCUAGCGUUGUGUUUAUAUUUGUUAUUUUGGUUUGUUGUUUUGAUUAUUGUCCAACCCCCACCCCCCUCUCUCUUUCUGCUACAGCUGCAGCUUGUGUGUGAUUGAAUUCUGUCCAGGUUGCUACGGCAUACCGGUGGGAUGUGUAUCACACAUGGGAUGCUAGGAGGAUCACUAACACUUUUUCUCUUGUCACCUGUUGACAUAGCGAGGGGCUAGACAUUAUAAAAGUGAGACCCAGUAAUGAAUACCUCAUUUGAACGUAGUCUUUUAAAUUCUAUAUGCACUUUUCUGUGCUGAAAUCUGUUAUAGGAGGCAACAUUUAAGAGUUUUCCCUCACAUUACCACAUUACAGCUCUGAUAUGGUUGUUUAGUAUUUGACAAGUAACACAGACAUUCUCCAUUCAACAGCACUUUCUCUUUUUACAAGGAAAUUCGUAACAUGCAUUAAUGCUUUGCGUCGUUUGUUUUGAAAUAUAUUAUUCUAGAAGAACUUUUCGUGUUAGACAGAGGGUAAUUCAUGCUCAGUGCCUGAAUAUGUAGUUAUUUUGCAUCUUAUUUGUCUUAAUGUAGCCAUCUUCUCCAGCAGUAGAAGGUGAUUUUAAUCCAGAGUGGAAUGAGCACAAUUCCUAUUUGGUUGUUUUUAUAGCUAAGUCUUGGCUAACAUUUCCUACAGUUCUUAAAAUUGUUGUUCUUUUCUGUAUCUGAUGUCCUGUGUGCUAUUAGUGAUGCAGCCAUUGGGGUUGUCUUGUGUUGCACACCUUUCCAACACUGCGAAACGAUCGCCCCCCACGGAAAACAGCCCAUGCUUGAUAUCGUAUGGUUCAUGACCAAUAUGUUUCCAGUACAGGGAAAAUCCCCGAGGAGGCCAAGGCCUUGUCACUUUUGGCACCUGCCACCCCAGUACCCAGUCUGAUUCCUGGCGGGGGACUGCUCCCAAUUCCUACUCCAGCUCCACUUCAGAACCUGAACCUUCCCAUAGUGAAUCGGUUGUCAGCUGGUCUGGACCCCACGGCAUCAGUGCACUCCCAGCCCCCCCUCAUGGGAAAUGUGGAUCCCUCAAAAAUUGAUGAGAUCAGGAGGACCGUCUAUGUUGGCAACUUGAACUCACAGACCACCACUGCAGACCAGCUGCUGGAGUUUUUCAAGCAGGUGGGAGAUGUAAAGUUUGUGCGAAUGGCUGGAGAUGAGACGCAGCCGACACGUUUCGCCUUCGUAGAGUUUGUGGAGCAGGAGUCCGUCGCCAGAGCUCUGACUUUCAAUGGAGUCAUGUUCGGAGACAGACCCCUGAAGGUUAAUCAUUCCAACAACGCCAUAGUAAAACCUCCAGAGCUGACGCCACAGGCUGCUGCUAAGGAGCUAGAAAGUGUGAUGAAGAGGGUGAGGGAAGCCCAGUCCACCAUUGCUGCUGCUAUAGAGCCAGUGGACACGAAGAAACGUUCCUCCAGCCGGUCUCGAAGGGCACGCCGGUCACGCUCCCGGUCACGCUCCCGUUCACACUCGAGGACGCGCAGGAAAAGGUCCAGAUCGAAACACAGACCGCCGCAGAGGUUGUGGCCGAGGGGUGACUCCCACAGUUCCCGAGGCAGCCACAAGAGGCGCUCACGCUCCAGAGACAGGAGACACAGUCGAAGUCGCUCGAGGGGCUACAAGAGGAGGAGUAAGGAUCGAUCCCGGAGCCCUCGGAGGAAAGCCAGAUCACCCUCAUUUAAAAGAGGUAAGAAAGACAAGAGGAGGGAGCGCAGCAGGGACAGAAAGGACUGCUCAGUAUCCAGGAAGAGGAGCCGCAAGGACGAGGACAGGAUAAAGAGCAAGGCCAGGCCGAUGAAGGUGGAAAGGGACUGUGGCAGAGAGGAAAAGGACGACUUCGACAGUGACAGGGAAGACUCGGUCACGCUCAGCGAGCACGUGAUGUCAUCACCCUGCGCCCAGCACAACGGCAGCUACAAGACUCACAAUGCGGAGGAUGCAUCUGUGGGUGCGGACGGCACCAAGUGACUAUCGCAGCACUGUGGAAACUAACCUUGUUCCAUCUAAUGAUCUCAGCGGCCAUCGCGUGCGUAUACCUACACGGCCACCUGAUAACCACUUAGAACAGCGUGUUUUCCCCAUCGUCGUCUCCUGUUGUACAACCUGAUUUUUACUGUAUGUUCUCGGUCACACGUGGAACCAUUCAGCUCAGUAUCCCACCUAAAGGCCAAGUGAAGCUUUCCUGUGAAGCUGCAUAGUUUGGGACUUGCAGGUGGUGCUUGUGAUAUAACAGUGCAACAUUAAAAGCUACAGGCUCACAAACUGCCGUAGAGAAGAGUCAGUAUCUCAGCAAAAAAAACGGACGAUAAAACCUCCCCAAAAUCACUGCUUGUUGCAAGGCUGUCGUACUGGAUUGCGUAAUAUUAUACAGGUGAUGUUGUGUCCUAUAUGUGUUCAUUACUUGAAGAACUCAAUUCCCAUUCUUCUUUUUGUAUAAAUACUACACCUGUAGGCACCUUCCCUAGCAGAUGAGAAAAAUGUGCAGGCCUGAAGCAGCUGCAGAGCUUUCGUGACUCCACCUAACGCUCGUUUCUCCAGCAGCUGACCCUUCACUAAACCCCUCCUCUGAACGGCAACUCACCAAUCGUAGCUUAGUAACUGUAACUAGGCAUGGGCAGGCCUGUCAUGCGUUCCUCUGUAUGUUGAUUCGUCGUGCAUGUGGCUUCAAGAAGAGCAAUACUCAGAGUUUGGAGGGUGGCAACUUUUUUUGCAUACCUUUAACAAAACAGCAAACGUGAGGAAUGGAUUAAAGUUUGCAUCUGCUCUAAUGUGAGCUGCAGAUGUUAGCAUGUCUAGCUAACUAGCUUACUAGCUGCAGUAGUAACCAUGCAUCACGUCCAAAGGCAGUGGGCAUGUAGGUAGCUUUCUAAUUAUAAAAAUAAAUGUUCAGGAGUGACUCAUCCACUGAUUGUGGAUCUUGUGGGCAAAGAUGCAGCUAUAUCAGAAAUUCGAGUCAUGGUAGCAUCCAUGUAGUUCGUUUUGGGGAAGUUUACACUCCAGCAGCUCCAACCAAAUGUUCUGUAGAUAACAUUACAUUACACUAAUGGCUAAUUCUUCAAAUCCUCAAAUUCAUCUCUCUUAUAAAAGUGAUGCACUGGUGGUUGAAAAUAUGAAACAUCCAAACACAUGACUGAGAAUUUUGAUCUUAAAUCUGCCACCGCUGCCCCCGUAAACUACAUAUGUGCAGUGCAUGAAUUGAAAGCUUGACAGGUGUGGCAACCGUCACUAAGGAGGGCGGGCUUAGCGACGGGUCGAUGAGAAGCCAGGUGUUGUUUGUAGCUUUGUCCCUGGUUACAUGGACAUUACCUGAUGGAAAAUAUCCUAAAUCUUUCUCUUCAUUCCUCCAGCGUCAUCGUGACCGCACACUUCAGUAAUCGAAAAAGACCUUUUUAUGCCUCUAAGAUGAUCAAUAUUUAUGUCAUACUGUAGUAUGAAUGCCACCUCCCUGAAAUGCCUUUGUCUAAAUAUUGAAUUAGCAAUGUGCAGCAACAAUCUGCAUUAACAGGUAUAAAGAGUUCAUGUUUUACAUUAAGCUUCACUUGUUUUUGAGAUUGGAGCUGCAGUUUUUCACUGGUAGAGAGGUUUUAAAUAUUAACAUUUGCCUGUACUACUACACAGGUGUACACACCUGUGGUGCGUGAGGUUCAGUUCCAGAAUGAGUCUGGAAUAGAGGAAGGGCAAAAGGGACGAGCCGCUUGAUGCAACACAACAUCAACACAAAUAUCACAAUUUGAGGAGUGUUACUGCAGCAUCUGGUUCUGUCUGGCUGCUGCUGGUGAGGUAACUUCAGUUUUAGUGCUAACUGAGUGAAUUAUGAACUGCCAGGAAAAAGCACCUGUAGUCAUAUUCUAAUCCAGGCCAUUAGCAUCUAUCUAGAUUUAGCAUUUGCUGCACCACAAAGCCAAGGACGUAGAUUCUUACCUGUUCAUCCGGAUACCCAGCCGAAAUGUUCUUGUAGGACAUUUCAUACUUUAGCACUGACACCUCGGGAGGUGAAAAUAAAACUUGCCUCUCUGACAGAGGUCUCGUGGUGGUGCGACUGUUCUCACUCUGACUCCUCUGCUGCUUUGGCGUUGGUGUGGCUGUGAGAGCAACUUCCCACAUUCUGUUUGCUUUUUCACAGAGUGAAACAAAGGGCGCGUUUCACAUUUAAUGCACGUUCCUCGAUCACACAGUCCAAGUUUAAGAGCACGAGCGUGCGGAUGAAAGCAAAAUGCUAAGAUGCUAAUUUGCCCUUUGUGUGGUGUUCAUUGAACUAGCAGGUCUGUGAAGUGUCCUUCAUUUCCUGUUUUGCGUCAUUUUUCUCCAUCAUCCGGGAACUGUCCUGCAAAAUGCACAGUGUUGAUUUGAUGACUUUUAGUGCUGUAAUUAUGAGAAUGCAGAAUCAGACUCUGUUGUUUCUGUGAAUAUGUUUUAGUUAAAAAAAAGAUUUCUCAUUUGGUCAACAUGAAUGCAUUGUUUCACUUCCUGUCGUUUUCUGGGUGUACAUUUACUUGCUUUUUUUAUACUUCUGUUUAUGAGUAGUUGCAACAAGAUCAUAAUGUUUCUUCUCCUGUUGUUGUGAUACUGUGACAUAAAAAAUUGUUUUAUAGAUAUGAUACAGGCCUAUACUGUAAUAAUGAUGGUGGUGUGCAAAACGUCUGUCGGCUCUUUUUGCUGAAGAAAUUGAGAUGCAAACGAAGCUCACGGUGUCGGAGAUCAGCGAACUGCUUGCAAGCACAGAAUGGUCAAAAAGUGCCUAGACUCAGAUUGUACAGAAUAUUCUAAUAAAACGCGGAGACUUAUUGAUAGAUGCAACCUGAAUUUAUUGUUAAUGAUGUUUAAUAGCUGAAACUAAUGAGAUGUUAUAUUAAAGUAUUGUCAGUUGUCGUUUAGUAAUUAAUAGCAGAGUAGACUGAACAUUGAUGGGACUUCAGUGGAUUUGUUUUUGAACAUUUUUUUUUGCGGUGUUGUCACAAAUGUUCGUGCAUUUUUGUGCAAACUGGCCCCAGACUGAGAAUUUUCUCAGUUUCUAUGAAAGCUUGUUACAUUUUAAAAAGGUUUGCUUUUAAAGGGAGACUUUGCCAAAUUCCUCCUCUGGCUUUUACAAACCUGAUUUGAUUGUACUUUAUUUUAUUUUCCUGUUUUUUUUUUUUUUACGUACGCUUCAGUUUGAAGUGUUAAACUCAUGAUAAAGUUUAGGAAAAAGCAUUUCCAACACAACUGACAGUAUGAAUCCUUUUAUUUUUGAUAUCCACUGUGCACAGUAUAAACUGUAGAGACGACUCACGGUCUGCUCCUGCAGGACUUGAUAUCUGUGUUUGGGACUUGAUGUAAAGGUUUGGUAACACUGUUUUUGAAGAGCUUGGGUGUACGUUUGUGAUCAUCCUCGAUUAGAAACUAACAAUACAUCUGACCUGUUUCCAAAAACGCUCAAUAAAGAGACAUUU